AUGUGUACUGAUGCAGCACGGAAAAGUGAUUGUUAUGCAUCAAGUCAAUUGAAGCAACAUGAACCGAACUCCCCGACGCAUGAUCUAGAACUUGCUGCAGUAGUGCAUGCUUUAAAGAUAUGGCGACAUUACUUACAUGGAGGGAAGUGCGACAUUUACACGGAUCAUAAAAUUGCCACACCAGAGCAAGUCACCACCCGUUUAGCAACUUUGGUGGUUCGACCUACUCUUAGAGAUCGGAUCAUUGAGGCACAAGAUAAGGAACCAUUCUUGCAAAGGAUCAAGAACGAGAUUGGUACUAAUAAGAGAAAGGACUUUAGAAUAGCUUCGGAUAGGGCUCUGAUGUUUAAAGGAAGGAUUUGUGUACCUAAGGAUGAAAUUUUGAGGAAGGAGAUAUUGGAGGAGGCGUAUAUCACUCCAUACACUGCACAUCCUGGUGGUAUGAAAAUGUAUCAAGACCUUCGAGAUACAUUUUGGUGGAGGAAUGUGAAAAAAAGUAUAAGUCUAUUUGUGGCAAAAUACAUUGUAUGUCAACAAGUUAAAGCAGAACAUCAAAGACCGGCAGUGUUGUUAAAUCCAUUGAACAUACUAGAAUGGAAGUGA